AUGCCACCUCGACAAGCAUUCACCGGCUCGUGUCGCAAGCUUGUCUUUGCGUUUGAUGUCGGGACGACGUUUAGUGGCGUCUCUUACUGCUUCCUCGACCCUGGGCAAGUCCCUGUCAUCCAAGGCGUAAAUCGACACAGAUUCCCAGCGCAAGAACACGUCGGAGGGGACUGCAAGAUUCCGUCCAUCAUAUGCUACGACCCAGACGGCGCUGUGCGUGCCGUAGGUGCCGAAGCUAUGCAGGAAUACAUCGAAGAGGAAAUUGAAGAGAACGGAUGGGUGAAAAUGGAAUGGUGGAAGCUUCAUCUCCGUCCUAAAACAAUGGUGUCCUCUCACAUCACAGAUCAAGAUAUCCCGCCUCUCCCGCCGAACAAGACGGCCGUGCAAAUCCUCGCCGACUUCAUGCGCUACCUGCAUGAAUGCGCGGAGAAGUAUAUCGAGGAGUCGCAGGCAAAUGGCGCAGACAUGCUGCGUUCCGUCGAGCACACGACUGAGUUUGUGCUCAGCCACCCGAAUGGAUGGGAGGGGCCGCAGCAGGCGCAGAUCCGCAAUGCAGCGGUCAUGGCGGGCCUCGUGCCUGAUACGCCAGAUGGACGGUCAAGGAUCCAUCUCGUCACAGAGGGCGAGGCGAGUCUUCACUAUUGCCUUGGCAGUGGUCUUGCCGUCGACGGGUUUCAAGACGACCAGGGCGUGAUUAUUGUCGACGCUGGUGGAGGAACGAUCGACGUCAGUGCAUACCACAUGACAACAGCGCCAUCCUUCGAGGAGAUCGCACCUGCAGAGUGCCGCUUACAAGGAUCCAUCUUCCUACGGUUCGGCAACGAGAACGACCCAGCAUACAUCAAAUUUGGCACCAUCAAGGACAAGGACAUUAAUUUCAACAUCAGGUCCGGGCAGUUGAAGUUGAUGGGGUCCGACGUAGCACCGUUAUUCGAGCCGUCUGCAGAAGCUGUAAUCGAAGCUAUCGAGGAGCAGCGCCACGUUGCGACCAAGACUAUCAGCACCGUUUUCCUCGUCGGCGGUUUCGCAGCCAGUGAAUGGCUCUUUACGCGACUACAAAGCCAUCUAAGACCACUGGAUCUCAAUUUCUGUCGGCCUGAUAGCCAUACGGCCAAGGCAGUCGCGGAGGGCGCGGUCGCGUUUUUCCUGGAUCAUCGCGUCUCUGCUCGUGUCGCCAAGUUCACGUAUGGCACACGUUGUGCAACACAAUUCGACAGGAAUGAUCCUCAACACAAGCUCCGUGCCAGUAUGGCGAUCCCACGCCCAUCAGGCAGGACGGUCCUGCCCAAUGCAUUCAGCGCAGUUCUGACGAAGGGCACGGCCGUAUCCGAGACGAAAGAGUUCCGCAAGGACUUCAUUACGGAGGUAGUAGACCGCUCUUCAUGCGAUAUGAUUGCCACGGAGAUCGUGUGCUACAGGGGUGACAGCCCCAAUCCGCGCUGGACGGACACUGAACCAGCGUGCACGCAGGACACCUCGAAAGUGGCACACACCAUCAGUCCGCGACGGGGUUAUGCAGGACUGCAGUUCUAUCGUCAGGAGUUUAGUAUCGUCCUCAUGUUUGGCUUGACGGAGCUGGAGGCGCAACUUAGCUGGAAAGAGGAUGGCAUUGAACGAAGGUCAUCAGCCACUGUCGUAUUCGACCAAGUCGUCGAAGCCGUCUAG